AUGGCGGUGAACAACCGACGGCAGCGUCGUAGACGUCGACAUAGACAGAGAGUUGCUCACAACAGGCUUGUUGACCGUGAAAAUCCUUUAGAAUUAAUGCCAGAGAAGGAGAUUUUCAAAAGGUAUCGUUUUCGCCCGAACACAAUUUUGUUCGUGGUGAAUUUAUUAAGACGAUUUCUCGAGAGAGAUACUCUGCGAAGCUGUGCCCUCACACCCCUUCUGCAGGUUAUGGCCACACUGAGAUUUCUCGCCACCGGAGCUUUUUAUUCCUUUGUAGCCGAUGCAUUUGACAGCCUGUCCCCAUCCACUGUGUGUAGGGCGGUUAAGGAUGUUUGUCAUGCUUUGUGUCAGAUGUCAUGGCAAUUUAUAAGGAUGCCAGCAAGACAUGCAGCUGAUGGAGUGAAAAAGCAUUUCUAUUCCAUCGCAGGAAAAGAAUCAAAAGAGGACUCAAAGAUGAAAGAAAAAUGUGAAUUGAUAUCGUAUCUCCUAAUAUAUUCAACACUUUUACAGGUUACAAUUUUGUCAGCUAAUAAUGUAGUUGAUUCUGAGUACUGUGGAUUUUCCAAAUCAACACAAAAAGCAGUAAAAUCAUGCCCUAAGAAUAAAGCAUCAUGGAGUAAAGCUGCAAUUAAGCUGGGCUGUUCGAACCAUAAAGACAAAUGUGGCGGAAAUUUGAAAUAUCACUGCGUUAUUAAUCCUUGGCAAAAUGAAACGGUGGAAGUUUGUGCUCCUGCAACAAGUAUUCGUUCAGGUCACUGUGCUGAGUACAACACAAGAGGAGGGAAAAUACAAGAAUUUUACCUUCAGAACUGUAAAACAUGCAAAAAAGACUACAUGUCAGCUGAGGCAUAUAAGUACCAAGAAUGCUACUUAGAAGUGUACAAGCUAAAUCAAAUGCAAACAAUAGGGACCCAUCUUUUCAACAAGAUCACCAAAACACAUUCUGAAAGUGAAAUAAUGUACACAUUUAAACAGAAAAUGCCCCAGCAAUAUACCAAUCCAACCAAUGAGGAAAACAAACGAGAACAAGAGCAAUCAACAACAAGUUUUAUUAUCAACAAGAACUACAAUAAACAUCGGGAAAUUGAACUUGGAAUCAUGGCUAAUAUCCAUAGCGGAAACGGUGUCAUCAAAGGGAAGAUGUUACAUCUGUGCGUCAUUCUGCUACAUUUUAGGGCUUUGUUUUAAAUUUAUCGUUUUCAUAUAUCAUUGUACAUAAUUCUUUAAGUUGCAUAGGAUAUGAUAGGCAUAAAAAGAUUGAUUUGAAGAGAAACCUACGAAAUUUUUAAAUGUCUACAGUCGUAUUUCUUUCAUUUACUUUUUAUAAAGACUGAAAAACAAGGGGAUAACUUUUCUCGAAAUAACGAUGUCAAGUACUAGCAAGUAUCAUCAUUUCAAAUUCAAUCAGGAU